CUGACGCCAUAAUGGCAUAAUGGCGAAAUGGUUCGAAGGUGUUUAAAAUGUGUAAAGCUGGUGUUACAGUUUAAAGUUUCAUACAACUCUUAAUCGUUUAGUGUACAAUUUAGCGAUUAUACUGGUAAAAUUGUACAAAUAGAAUCCGGAAGGUGGUAUUCUGAACCAAGCAACCUACAGUGGAUUAAUCAGCAAAUAACUUUUCAAUUUUCCUGUGAUUUACAACAACCAACUAUGUACGGUGAACAUAACCAGUAUUCUACCCAAGGCUAUCAAACUACGUAUGGAUCAUACUCCCAGAACUACUCUACACCAUCAAAUUAUGAUCCUUACCAGAAUUACGGACAGGCAACUGGAUAUCCAUCAUCAGAUGUACAACCGGUGCCUCCUGGGGACGAGUAUCCCCAUGCUGGAUGGGAGCCAGUCAGGAACUAUCAUGACGUGAAUCAGCUACCAUCUACUCUUAAUCAACAGACAUCAGACCAAUCCCAGAAUCAACUACAAGAUCAGCAUGAUCUAAAGCAAGACAAUAAAAGAGACGCCGUUGCCCAAGAACUAAAACAUCAGAAAGCGCAGAUGGCAAAACAGCGUGAAGAGUAUGUCAGAAAAAUUGUAGUACUUCGCAGAGAGCUCGAUCUACUGAAAGCUCAGAAACAGGAACUGUUGGCUGAACAUUCUUCAAACCAUGACAAUAACUACAUUAUGAAAGAGAACAACAAAUUGCAGAAUAAAAUUCAGAGCAAGAUGAAAACCAUAAACAACGUCAUUGAAAUGUUAACUAAUAUUAUCGGGGACAAUAAGAACUUAUCUGAACUUGAAGCCCAUCUUGUCGAGGGAUCGCCCAAACGACAGGUCCAAAGAUCCGUGUCUAUUAGCAACGAACGCCCUGACUCGGAAAAUCGUUUCAAUUACGUCCACUACGAUCCGGAGUUGCAUUGGUGUCGCAUUUGCGACGUAUUUCCAAAAUCAGCGAAAGACCUCCUGGUGCACUUGCACAGCAAAGAACAUAAGGAUGUCACACAGGAGCGAGAUAUGGUCGACACGCCAUGGCAUAAGUUGCCAGCUGAACCUGAAAUGCCUUACUAUGAGGGAGCACCAAAAAAGAGGCUUCCUAUUAAAGGCUUACAAUUCUUCAUAUCAGCAACUGCAUGGUACUGUAAACUGUGCGACGUUUGGAUGGGAGAUUUGCAUUGUGCUUCGCAACAUCUUAAGUCACAGAAUCAUAAUUUAAAUUAUACGAAUUUUGUCGAACAAAAUCCCCAUUGGGAGAUAGAAUGGCUGAAGGAUAGAGAACGCGCGCUUUCCCGCACAGAAAAGAACGUCAAUAAAGCUACAGACAGUGAAGAUGAUAUUCUUGAGAGACACAAGAAAAAACGUAACGACAAGCAUUCACUUACAACCUUGUCUAGUAAAGAAAGUAAAAAGAAGCGAAAAAAAUCACGCAAGAAAAAGAAGCAUGCCCGCUCAAGUGAUUCAAGUAGCUCUUCAAGCUCAUCUGACUCAUCCUCUGACGAGGGCAGUUCGGGUAAUGAUAAAUCUAAAAGUAUUCGCGUUGCAAUGCGUAAUAAAAUGAAAUUACAAGCGCAAAUGAUAAUGAAUGAAGAUCUCGGUGGCAAGUGGGAGGUUCUUGGUCGUCUCGUUGAAGAGGAGCGCAAAAAAAAGGAAAUGCUUCUCAACGCUAGAGAGAUGGGUAAAGAAUCUGAAGCCGAAGAUACGCUUAUAAACCAGUGGAUGACAGUAAAAGAAACCGAAGAUAAAGACAAAAAAUUGCUCGAUAACUUAAAAGAUCGAAUGAGGCAAAAGCAAGAAGCGGAGAGAGUCCGGCUGGCGCAGUUAGAGCAGAAAAGGAUUGAAAAAGAACGCAUAGAGCAAGAAAUGCGAGAAAAAAAAGAACAGGAGGAAAAAGAGCAAAAGGAGCGCGAAGAGGCACAAAGACGUGAACUGGAUGAAAUUCGUUUACGUGAAAGGGAUCGCAUCAAGUUUAAAACGAAAGACAAGUUUCGAAGGCGGUACAGUCCAACGGAAGAGAGUCCUGAUGAUAGUAGUCCCAGUAAAGAAAGUGGUGGCGUAGGAGCAAAGGAAAAGAGACGUUCGAGAAGUCCGAGCCCAGAAAAAAGAAGACACAGAGAAAGAAGUCACGAACGUUACGAUCACCAUAAAGAAUAUCGGCACGAAAACAAUCGAAAAUCUAGCGAUAGGCACCAUAAUAAAAGUCCAGAAGAUCAUCACAGAUCAAAAAGAAGCAAUCGAUCCUCUAGUCAUGAAACUGACUCAAGUAAGAAAAUGAAGAAACCACCACCACCUCCUCCAUACAAAAAACUGCCAUUCAUAGGUCGUAUGCCGUUGUUCAAAAACAAAAAACCAGAAGAAAAACCUGAAAAAGAAAUAAAGAAAGAAGAUUAUGACCAACCUCGUCAAACGCGAUUUCAACCAGGUAACUUGGCGCGGGCUUUUAUCCCUGAUCCGGAUGUCGUUUGUUUCCCCAAAUUAUCGACAAUACCGCCAAUAAUGGAGCCGCCUCCGCCACCUCCUUCUCUAGCGCAACCGCGCGUACCGUCACCUCCAAAAAUAUCUGAAAAAGCUAACGAUGAUGAUCGGAAGUCAAAGAAAAGUGAAGAAAAGAAGUUGGGAAUGUCUCAACCAAAAGCAAAUGGACAGCAGGAGCAACGAACUGAGGGAGAAAAGAUAGCCCUACCACCGCCUUUCCCAACGGUGACUAAACACGGAGACCAUUUACCCCAAGAUUUUCAGGACGCUCUUAACUUCAUUUAUCCCGAUCAACAGCAGGGUUCUGACAUGUCGAUGUCAUACGGCUCCUAUUCUAACAUGGAUUACGACUUGAUGUACGGACAGCAUUCAAUGUAUGACUAUAGUGCGGACGUGAAUGCCAUGGACAUGGGGACCGAGGUACCUCCUUUACCGCCUCCUCCACAUAUGAUGCCACCUCCGCCUCCUAGCGUCGAGCACACGAUGCCACUACAACCGCCUCCUCUUCCUCCAGAUGACCCCAACGAUGACUUGGCAUUGCUAGGAAUAAGUGCUGACGAUAUGGCGGCUCAAAUUCUAGUUAAUACGAGAAAGGAUAUUUCUUUUUUCGACAAANCAAAAAGAAGCAAUCGAUCCUCUAGUCAUGAAACUGACUCAAGUAAGAAAAUGAAGAAACCACCACCACCUCCUCCAUACAAAAAACUGCCAUUCAUAGGUCGUAUGCCGUUGUUCAAAAACAAAAAACCAGAAGAAAAACCUGAAAAAGAAAUAAAGAAAGAAGAUUAUGACCAACCUCGUCAAACGCGAUUUCAACCAGGUAACUUGGCGCGGGCUUUUAUCCCUGAUCCGGAUGUCGUUUGUUUCCCCAAAUUAUCGACAAUACCGCCAAUAAUGGAGCCGCCUCCGCCACCUCCUUCUCUAGCGCAACCGCGCGUACCGUCACCUCCAAAAAUAUCUGAAAAAGCUAACGAUGAUGAUCGGAAGUCAAAGAAAAGUGAAGAAAAGAAGUUGGGAAUGUCUCAACCAAAAGCAAAUGGACAGCAGGAGCAACGAACUGAGGGAGAAAAGAUAGCCCUACCACCGCCUUUCCCAACGGUGACUAAACACGGAGACCAUUUACCCCAAGAUUUUCAGGACGCUCUUAACUUCAUUUAUCCCGAUCAACAGCAGGGUUCUGACAUGUCGAUGUCAUACGGCUCCUAUUCUAACAUGGAUUACGACUUGAUGUACGGACAGCAUUCAAUGUAUGACUAUAGUGCGGACGUGAAUGCCAUGGACAUGGGGACCGAGGUACCUCCUUUACCGCCUCCUCCACAUAUGAUGCCACCUCCGCCUCCUAGCGUCGAGCACACGAUGCCACUACAACCGCCUCCUCUUCCUCCAGAUGACCCCAACGAUGACUUGGCAUUGCUAGGAAUAAGUGCUGACGAUAUGGCGGCUCAAAUGUUUUGAAUUAAUUUUGGAAAAAAACUCCGUAAAUAAUCUUGAUUAUUUUUUUGUUUUCUGUAGUCUAGUUAAUACGAGAAAGGAUAUUUCUUUUUUCGUAAAUGUACAAUAUUGUACUGGCGAUCUUUUAAAGCGUUUGAAAUUGAAUGAAAUAAUUUACAUUAACGAGGUUACUUGUUUACGUCUACUAAUUUUGUGUAUUUUUGCAAAAUGAAAACAUAAGCCAGUGUAGCUUUAGUUAAACAAUUAUUACAUAUUCCAUAAUUACUUAUAGCAAAUAAAGUCAUUUAUUAAU